GCAGAAAAUAUGUCUGAUGAUUUUGAGAUAGUUGACUACGCCGAGACGACGCUGAGCGCCGCUGAGGUCCGCGAGUGGCUGCAGCCUACCGACUUCAACGCCGAGUCGGGCGAGUUCCGCCGCCAUCUGUCCUUGCCGGUUCCCGACACAGGACUCUGGAUCUGCGAUACGCAAGAAUAUCGGGCAUGGCAUGAUUCCGACAACCAUGGAAGCCUUUGGAUCAAAGGUAUUCCCGGCGCUGGCAAAGUCGGUCAUCGCCGCAUCACUUGUCCGCCACCUCAGCACCACGGAGCAGUGCCCCACUGGCAUGUCCAGCUGCUACCCCAUUCCCCCAAACUGCAGUUCAUCUUGCAUGCCCGACCAGAAAAGAGGGCUAAGUUGGCAGAGACUUCCGAACAUGACCUCUUCCAAGACUUCCUCGACCAGCUGAACCGCUUGGCGACGUACCGACCUGCCUUACUAAAGCUGCUCAUGACGAGCAGGCCAAAACGCCAUCUCCAGAGCGCUCUGCGAGAUUCCUCCAUCGUGCAUAUUAGCCUCUAG